AUGAGUUUCCCUAAAGGCGAGGGGCUUGAUAAGGCUUUGGAGCUGCUGAAGUCUAUCAAGCCGAAGAAGAUUCUAUCCACGAUCAAACCACCUGUGAUGCCGGGUAUGCCUACCCAACCGAUUGACCCGCCCUCUGAGGGGUCCACGGCACCGGAGGCGAACCCGCCAGAGAACCUAACAAUAACUCUGAAAGGUCUCAACUCAAUGCACCAGGUUGAGAAGACUUCUAUCCUCUACGCACCUCCCGAGGACAAGCUGGGAUUCCUACAAAACUUUGGCGAAAAGAUACAGGCACUCUUCAAGGAGGCUGGUCUGAUGAUCGAGGAUAGCCGACCGUUGCUCCUACACGCAACGAUUGUAAAUAUGAUUUAUGUCAAAGGCGGACGACAAAAGGGGAGCAAGGCACGUGGCAAAUGGGAUAAGUCAGUCAUUGACAAUGCUAGAGGAAUCCUGGAUAGGUACGAGGACUACAUCUGGAUGAAAGAUGUCCCGGUGGAAAAGAUCGCUAUAUGUAGAAUGGGUGCCAAGCCUAGUGUGGUCGAUGGCGUCGAGGAUGCCGCAUACGAGGUCGAGGCUGAGAUUGAUUUCUAA